AUGAUUGAUUUGGGAUCUGUCGGAUUGUCAUAUACGCCCAGGAUACCUUGUAACGACACACUUUAUCAGCUCUGGAAAACACAACCAUCUUAUUCGAGCGACUAUGAAGAUACCAACUCUUGUUUGAAUUAUGACUACCCCCAGGACGGCGGAGUGGGACCUUCAGCCAGUGCGAAAAUUUCCACAACAGCUACUACUACCCCAGGAAGCUCCGAAAGCACAAGGGUUGGUGGCUCGACCAGUGAUGCUACAACAUCUUCCUCGCCUACCCAGAGUACCGAAACCGCUACGGAAAGCGCGAAUGGCACCGAAACGGCCACUCCAAAUAAUGGGGCUGGUCAGUCUUUUGCCACCUCUCUAAUUGGCUGUGCUCUGACCGUGAUGAGCCUCACCUUAGUCAAUUUCUGUUAG